AAUGUCAAAUGGCCGAAUCAUUAGUGAUUGAGCCACUACUAAAGCCAGUCGCAUCACCUAGCGCAGCAUAAAUAUGCCAAAUUUCAAAGAUAAGGUAAUCAUUGUGACAGGUGCCAGCUCUGGCAUUGGUGCAGCCACUGCCGUACACCUGGCCAGCCUCGGCGGCCUUUUGGUAAUUGUGGGCCGCAAUGUGGAAAAACUGAAAGAAACGGCGGAUAAUAUUCUGUCUGUGGGCGGUGCGCCGGCACUGCAGGUGCAAGCGGACAUGGACAAAGAGGCGGAUGUAGAGCAGAUUAUGGCAGCCACGUUGAAGCAGUAUGGAAGACUGGAUGUGCUGAUCAACAAUGCCGGCAUCAUCGAAAUGGCCACCAUUGAGACCACAUCUCUGGCUCAGUACGACCGCGUGAUGAACACCAAUGUGCGUGCGGUGUACCAACUGACCAUGUUGGCCACACCGGAGCUGAUCAAGACGAAGGGCAGUAUUGUCAAUGUGUCCAGUGUCUGUGGCUUGCGCGCAUUUCCCGGCGUGCUCGCCUACAACAUGUCCAAGUCCGCGGUGGAUCAGUUCACGCGGUGUGUUGCCCUGGAGCUGGCCCCCAAGGGCGUACGCGUUAAUUCCGUCAAUCCUGGCGUGAUUAUCACGGAGCUACAGAAACGUGGCGGUCUCAAUGAUGAAAACUAUGCAAAGUUCCUGGAGCGCUCCAAGGAAACGCAUGCACUGGGUCGCCCCGGCAAUGUCGAGGAAGUAGCUGCUGCAAUCGCAUUCCUCGCCAGCGACGAUGCCAGCUUUACCACAGGCGUUAAUCUGGCCGUUGAUGGAGGUCGUCAUGCUAUGUGCCCACGAUAAAAGCUA